AUGUCCGUCUUACGUCCUUCAUACGUCCGUCUUACGUCCUUCAUACGUCCGUCUUACGUCCGUCUUACGUCCGUCUUACGUCCUUCAUACGUCCGUCUUACGUCCGUCAUACGUCCUUCAUACGUCCGUCAUACGUCCUUCAUACGUCCGACUUACGUCCUUCAUACGUCCGUCAUACGUCCGUCAUACGUCCGUCUUACGUCCGUCUUACGUCCGUCUUACGUCCUUCAUACGUCCGUCUUACGUCCGUCAUAUGUCCUUCAUACGUCCGUCAUACGUCCUUCAUACGUCCGACUUACGUCCUUCAUACGUCCGUCAUACGUCCGUCAUACGUCCGUCUUACGUCCUUCAUACGUCCGUCUUACGUCCGUCAUACGUCCGUCUUACGUCCGUCAUACGUCCGUCUUACGUCCUUCAUACGUCCGUCUUACGUUCGUCAUACGUCCGUCAUACGUCCGUCAAACGUCCGUCUUACGUCCGUCAUACGUCCGUCUUACGUCCGUCAUAGGUCCGUCUUACGUCCGUCAUACGUCCGUCUUACGUCCGUCUUACGUCCGUCAUACGUCCGUCAUACGUCCGUCUUACGUCCGUCAUAGGUCCGUCAUAGGUCCGUCUUACGUCCGUCCGUCUUACAUCCGUCAUACGUCCGUCUUGCCUCCGUCUUACGUCCGUCUUACGUCCGUCAUACGUCCGUCAUACGUCCGUCAUAGGUCCGUCAUGCGGUCUUACAUCUGUCAUACGUCCGUCAUAGGUCCGUCUUACGUCCGUCAUACGUCCGUCAUACGUCCGUCAUACGUCCGUCAUAGGUCCGUCAUAGGUCCGUCUUACGUCCGUCAUACGUCCGUCUUGCGUCCGUCAUACGUCCGUCAUAGGUCCGUCUUACGUCCAUCUUACGUCCGUCAUACGUCCGUCAUACGUCCGUCUUACGUCCGUCAUAGGUCCGUCAUAGGUCCGUCAUACGUCCGUCUUACGUCCGUCAUACGUCCGUCUUACGUCCGUCAUAGGUCCGUCAUAGGUCCGUCUUACGUCCGUCUUACGUCCGUCAUACGUCCGUCAUACGUCCGUCAUAGGUCCGUCUUACGUCCGUCAUACGUCCGUCAUACGUCCGUCAUGCGUCCGUCUUGCGUCCGUCAUAGGUCCGUCUUACGUCCGUUAUACGUCCGUCAUACGUCCGUCUUGCGUCCGUCAUACGUCCGUCUUGCGUCCGUCAUACGUCCGUCUUGCGUCCGUCAUACGUCCGUCAUAGGUCCGUCUUACGUCCGUCUUACGUCCGUUAUACGUCCGUCAUACGUCCGUCUUGCGUCCGUCAUACGUCCGUCUUACGUCCGUCAUACGUCCGUCUUACGUCCGUCAUACGUCCGUCAUAGGUCCGUCAUACGUCCGUCUUACAUCUGUCAUACGUCCGUCAUAGAGCAGACAGAGCGGGGGGAGAAGGGCCCAGAGACCAGCACGAGCAGAAAAGUGGACCGUGAACCAGCUCCUGAACUCACCCCAGUCCCACUCAGAUACAAGGACUCGUUCUGA